AUGGAGCUAUGCGUGUGUGUGCGUGAGGCAGCACGUGACGGGCAGGGCCCGUCGUGGUCGUUGGGACGACUGCAGCUGGCAUCAGUGGCCGCGGAGGACGUCAUGCUGCACAUAGUGCGGCUGCGGGGACGGGGAGCGCGGAACGGGAAGGCUGAUGAAUGGAUGGGAGGCGAGGGUGAGGGAGACGGGAAGGCAGAGAUAGUUGUGUCGGCUAGGGCGUCAGACAUAAGGGAGCUGCACCAUCCGUCUGCUGUGCAGGCCCUCCUGCACCUCACGCAGAGGGGCCUCGUUACUGUCACCCCCCUCGGCAUUGAUGCACCCGGUGGAGUUGCCCACGCGCAACGCAUCACCCGGCCACUUGAGGAGCGCGCCGCUGGCUCUGUGCGCAUUCUGCUGGGCAUCCCCAGCAGGCUCGUCCCGGAGGUGCCGGUGGAGCAGAUGUGCUUGCCUCUGCUCGCCCCUCUGCUAACUGAGUGGCGGAAAUUCAGCCACACGCAUCACAUACACACACUCAUGAGCAGCCUUGCGCCAGAUGCCGUGUUGCACCCCGGGCCUAAGGAUGUGCAACUACUUUGCCGUGCUCCUGCCAUGCUGAUGGAGCAUUGUACGCCCCCCUCGUUCCACGCAUCUGCUGCUAUUCCCCCUCUUUCCGCACACCUGUUGCUAUUCCCCCUCUUUCCGCACACCUGUUGCUAUUCCCCCUCUUUCCACACACCUGUUGCUAUUCCCCCUCUUUCCGCACACCUGUUGCUAUUCCCCCUCUUUCCGCAGCAUACCUGUUGCUAUUCCCCCUCUUUCCACACACCUGUUGCUAUUCCCCCUCUUUCCGCACACCUAUUGCUAUUCAACCUCUUUCCGCGCACCUGUUGCUAUUCCCCCUCUUUCCGCGCACCUGUUGCGAUUACCCCUCUUUCCGCGCACCUGUUGCUAUUCCCCCUUUCCACGCCAUUGCCACUCAAGAGGGACCUGCGUUUUUCUUUUGGCGGCCCUUUCAUGGCUCUGCUGACUUCUCAUCUGCCUCCUCACCUUCAUCCCCUUUCUUGUUCUCAUGCCCAACCCCUUCCCCGCAUUAUGCUCUAUCUCUGCCCAUCCUCUUCCUCACUCCCUCCCUCCCACCUCUUUGCCAUGUGUCAUCCAGAGGUACCUUUGUGCGCCUCCCUCGCUCCAGCUGCUGUUUUCAACCGCAGCCGCGGACGGGACGGACGCGGCAUCCGCGCCAACGACGAGGACGGACGCGACGUCCGCGCCGACGACGAGGACGGACGCGACGUCCGCGCCGACGGGCAGCGUGGACGCGACAUCCGCGGACAGCCGCCGCGGACGCGACAUCCGCGGACAGCCGCCCCGGACGUGACGAACGCGGGCAGCCGCCGCGGACGGGACGAACGCGGGCAGCAGCCGCGGACGGGACGAACGCGGGCAGCCGCGAACGCGACCAGACGGGGGAGUAACCAGCUGCGGACAGCACGCAACUCAUCCCCACCACUGACCGCGCCGUCCCUCCGGACAGCGUCGUCAGCUCUAGGACCUCCACCCUCCCCUCCUCCCCUCCCCCCCCCCCCUCCCUCACUCGUCAUGGCGGACGAACCUUCGUCGCUUGAGCUUGCCUCGAUCGACAAACUCGAGCUCCUCAACGGCACCACCGCAGUCAAUUGGGUGUCGUUUGAGGAGAGUCUCUUCACGUACCUUGGCUCCGUCCGAGUGGGAGAUUAUUGCCUUCUUGAUGUCGUCCUCGAAACGCCUCACGGCCUCCCUCCCACCCCGCCCCCGAUCCCAGGCUCCUCCCCUCCUAACGCCCCACCACUCCCGACCGAACCCGCCCCUCAAGCCCCCAUCCUAGGGGCUUGGGAGGAUGACCCAGACAGGUGGGCUCGCACCCUCAACAAGUACAACAAGGAGCGAGACGACUACGGCAUCAAGGGCAGAGCACACGCGGCUGCCGUCGCCGCUCACGAAGCUGCUACUGCAAAGCUUGCAGGGUUCAAAGCCAUCUCCGAAGCGUACUCUACUAACCUUUGUAAGCAUCACUCCGAUAUUGCUGCAUGGCGCAUUGCUGACCGCCGUGCACUCACUGUCAUCUUCUCGUGCGUUCCCUCCUCCCUUAAACGUGACCUUCGACCUCCAUCCUCCCCCGCUCUCUGGAAGUCUCUCUCCUCCCAAUAUGACCGUUAG